AUGGGACACAAUGAGCCUCUCCAUGAACUGCAUCCCCAACAUGGGCAACAACAACUCAAUUCUGAGAGACAGCAACAGCAUGAAGAGGAGCUGCAACUGCCCUUGCUGCAUGAGGCUACACAGCUGGAGGACGAGCUGCAGGACCCGAUACAACAGCAUAUGCAGCAGCCAGCAGAGAAAUUGAUGAAAUUCCUCCAACAGCCAGAAGCACAGCUGCAUCAAGAGGUAAACAAGCUGCUUGUGCUGCAGGUGCAGUUCCUGCAGCACAAGCAAGAACAGCAGAAGCAAUCUGGAUCACCAACUGCAGAAGUUGACAGUGCUGGCAGUCUGCAGCAUACAACACCACAUCACAAAGACCACUCACCUCAUUCUCCCAACACUCCAGAAAGCAAUUUCAAUGUUGGUCAACAAACCCCAGACACAUCAGAACACUGGGAUCAACCUGCUGCUAGACCUGGUAUGCUGCCCCAAAGCCAUGGAACCCAGUCAGCAUCUGCUUCCCCAAGUCCAGCUAGUCAUUCAAUGGCAACUGCUACUGCUACUUUGCUGGCUGAAGGAGUUCCUCACACAGCCGCCAAUGCACUCCUUUUCUCAAGCUUGCCCAGCAGUGAAGCCUUGAAUGCUGCAUCAGCUGAAGCCAAAGUCAAUGCUGUGAUAAAUGAGGCAGCAGACAAAGCUGAUUGGGAAUCCUAUGCAGCAGAUGCAGCUAGUCCUUCAGCUGUUACUGCUUCCUCCCAUCCCGCAUCACAGGAACAGACUGAGGCCAAGACCCAAGAAUCCAGUGCAUCUUUCCCAGGCACUGAUGUGUCUGCUGCCUCUGCCAGCCUGUCCGCACCAACAUGGAGUGCUCCACCAACUGGGGCCACAAGUGUCAAUGGUACUGCUGCAGCAAGCAGUGCUGCAGCUCCCAAAAAAUACUUGGUGAAAUGUCUGAAGCUGAAGGUCAUCCAACCAUUUUGUCCACUGCCCCUAUUGCCUAUCUUUGUCACAGAAGAUAAUUAUGCAAGUGAAUCACCUGAGACCAGGUGGAUGAACUUGCUGCAUUGGUUCCAUUCUGACAAAGGCCCAUAUGCUGUGCCGUUUGUGUGCAAAAUCUUAGACAACACCAAUCUCUUCACUGAAGAGGUCAAGGACAUGAUAGUGGGGCCAAUGGGUGAUGCAGAACAGUAUGACUGGCCAUUGCAGCCAGAACAUUUGCCCACAAAAAAUGUGUGA